AGAGGAAAACAUGAGUACGGCGAAAGCUCGGUAGACCACAAUGUGGCACACAUUCGCACACAAACAAUAACAGAUAUCUUGCGAGGGAAAUCAUAACAAAAAACGUUAGCGAACACGGACUAUAACAAAGCUGCCAGUCAUUGAGGCAAUCCUGGUUCCUGCCGGAGUGGUUCCGAAAGUGGGCUAUGAUUUGGAGGACGUGACCUGCCGCAGGAGUAGUCUUACACCUCACGCAUGCACACUGAAGCCACAGCAAGAAACCCAAUAAUUGGCAAACAUCUCGCUUAACAAUCAUGUGCCCCUACUCCAUUAAUUGAAGUAGUAUUAUUUCGCAAAAAUGUUGAAUAUUGAAAUCACUGGAAUUUGAUGCCCUACCCUCAGGCAUGGCGGUCAAGGUGCAAUUUGAAAUUGGCCACACGUCGAAGCUGCGCAGCAAAAAGACACCGCAUCCGCAAGCCUUUACUCACGACUGGGAGAUUUACGUGCAGGGCGUAAACAAGGCAGACAUCAGUGCCUUUGUGGAGAAGGUAGUAUUUUUGCUGCACGAAUCAUUUCCCAAACCCAAACGAGUGGUCAAGGAACCUCCGUAUGCCAUUCAGGAGUCGGGUUACGCCGGCUUUCUGCUACCCGUGGAAAUUUUCUUUCGCAACCGGGACGAGCCCAAGCGCAUUAUUUACCAGUACGAUCUGGAUCUACAACCGACGGGUCCACCACAUCACCGCGUCGAGGUGAAGACGCACAUAUUCGAGGCUCCGUCGGAAGAGUUCCGAGCGAAGCUGAUGCGCGGCGGUGGUGUGCCCGUUUUUGGUGCCAAUAUUGGUGCCAGCAGUCUUACCCGAACUCUUUCUCCCAGCGUUGGAAGUGCCGAGACGCCACCAAACAAUGAGAUGGCUCUGGUGAAAUCCAAAGGUGUACCUGGUACAAUCUCUUUAAACGUAGAUCUGGGCACCGGAAAAAAACAUAAGUCUCGUAACGAGGAUUCCGGAAAGAGCAACGCAUUCUCUGCGCUUUUUGGCCCGCCCAUCACGAAGGGUAGCGCAACGGCCAAUAACAUGGCUUUGGUCCCCGUCUCUAAGCAUUCGCCGGAAGUAAAGACUAUGGCAGUUAGCGGAAAGGGCGGAUCUCAUGAGGGCAAAGAAAAGGCAAGCAAGGAUAGGGAUAAAUCUAGCGGUGGCGACAAGCCUCGGGAAAAGGACAAAAAGGAUCGUCAUGGCCGUGACAAGGACCGCAAAUCUAGCAAGUCCGGCGACGGUAAGCACGACCGCGAUAAGGAAAAAUCCAAAAAGGACAAAACCCGCGAUAAGGAACGUGAUCGCGAGCAAAGCUCUAGCAGCACGGCAUCCACACUUACGGCUGCUACCGCUGUAGUAGCAGCUGGGGCAUUGAUGAAGCACACAGCAAGCCCUAAGCCUGGCAAGCCAAACGAGAUGGGUGCGCCCAGUCCAAAAAAAACAGCAAAUGAUCCAAGUGCGACGGCUGCACCUGCUUCCCGUUCCAAAGAGCGCGACGAGCACAAAUCAGGCAAGUCAGAGUCUAAAGACAAGGAUCGCAGCUCCAGCAAGAAAUCCAAAAAGGAGAAAAAGGAUAAGGAUAAGGAACGCGAUCGGGACCGGGAUAAGCAGCGCGAUGAAAACAAGGAUAAGCGAAUGCCCAAGGAGGACCGCGCUGGCCAGAGCGACAGUCCGGCUUCCGGAAAUCCUCAAUCUGCUCAUCAGUUGCAACAAUCUCAUGGAGGCAGUACAGGUAAAGCCACGCCGACAUCCGUGGGAAGCAACAGCAGUAGCAGCAUGGUCUCAAACAGUGGCAAGCAAAAAGAUGACGCUACCGGCAAGCAUACCGGUAAAGCAGGAGAAGCCACCAGCAAUAAGAACACAAGCAAUGGCAGCGCGGCUGAUACCAAGAAAUCCCACAAACACAAGAAAAAAGACAAAACCAAGGACAAGGAAAAGGAACGGAGCGAUCGCGACAAGGAAAAGGAUAAGGAGCGUGAUAAAGAUAAGCCGAAGGAAAAGGAGAAGGACAAGCAGCAAGGGGCCAGUUCAGAGAAAUCAUCAGCGAUCGAGCCAUCGCCCAAAACAGAUGGAACCAGUCCUUUUACAGAGGGAGCAGCACAGGACAAAACUACUAUUGGUGCUAAUGCCGGCAGCAGCAGUAAGAAGGAUAAGCACAAAAAGUCCAAGGAGAAGUCCUCCGGCAAAGACGAGAAGCGUCAGCGAGAAACGGGCGACAAGCUUGCUGAAUCAAAACAUUCAGGAAAGCAACAGCAACAGGUACAACCGCAGCCGGGUCAAAGCAAAGCUCCCCACAACCUAGACCUUAGCGAUGUGGACUCAGCUCAGUCGGCUCCGGAUCUAGCCGCCACCAACGCAUUGGCCGCAGCAGCGGCAGCCACGCUCCAGCACUCUGAUAGCUCCAACAGCAGUUUCCCGGACUUACCCGCCAGGGGCAGCAGCCAAAAGCCAGCGAAGGUAAGUGCUGGCAAGGAAUCAAAACCUGGUAACAAGGAACACAAGGGCAAGUCCAAACAAAACGACAAAAACAGUGAAAAGAGUGAAAAAGCAGACAAAACUCCAGACUCAAAAUUGGAAAAGUCAGAAAAAGAGGAGAAAAAACGGAAUCGGAGAAGCUCACAAAAUAGUAACAGUGGCAGCGCCGGCGGCGCAGCCGGUGGCUUUAUUGAGCCUCAAGUUAAACCUUCAAAGAAGGAGCAAAAUAAGGCGCAACGAGAGAAAUCAAAGUCGCCCUCGUUGCGUCCGCCCAGGGACACCAACUCCACUGGUCUACCAAAUGCAGGAUCAGGAUUCCUGCCGCCGCCAUCAUCUUCGCCAAGCAAUAACCAUACCACAGCUAGUUUAAACAAUAACAACAACAAUUUGAACAGUAACAGCAAUCAUUCACCCGCUGAGAUAACGACGCCAGGGCAACUUCAAUUGCCAACGGAGUAUUUAAGUGAACUUCAGGAGCUGCAUCACAAAAUCAUGACUCUGCAGGAUAACGAGGAGUUACAGCACGUGGUGGAGUUGAUCGCAGCCACUGGAUGCUACGAGAUCACGCACAAGACGUUCGAUUUCGAUCUGUGCAAGCUGGACCGCGGGACCGUACAACGGCUGCAGGAGUUCCUGGCUACUUCGGUAUCGUGACACUCCCUCACAUCCACGACUGGCUCGGCACUCUACAGCUAGACGAUGCACAAACCCCACAUGCACAUAACCAAAUCAUUAGGCUUAAAGUUAACGUUGUAAGCCAAAUGCAAAAAUACUUGGCUCGCCCACAGCCUCAAAUCCCCUUGUUAGAUUCUAAGUUGUUGGCCCGAAGGGCAUACAAAUCCCGAAUGAUUUCUCUUUUAAAAAUACAGAAAUCGUCCUUUUGUUUUUGAGACUCAUUUGAUUUAAGACGUACUCUAUAUUUUUUUUGGAAUCCUAUUCGAUUAUAACUAAAUGAUUUUAACAUUCUACGCAUUUGUUUCGAGACCAUUUCUAAGAAAUUAAUUUUUAUUAUAAAUAUAACGAUUAAAUUAGCUUACACCAAGAGUGUAACCCUUUGAAACCAGGCUUUGACGACUAAUUUGAGAUUUUUUGACUCUAAAACAUAAACGAAAAAUCUUGUUUAGAAAUAUCUCUACAUUAGAUAUUUUAAAAUUACUUUUAAUGACAGUUUCAGAGCCAGAAGCCCAUAUUUAAUUAUAAAUAAAGGUCUAAAGGUAAUCACCAAAAAUGCAAAGUUUGUAAACUAGGGUUAAUUAAUUGCGAAUAAAUAAAUACUUUUGUACGAUAUUUACGUA